AUGAAUGAUAAGAAAUUGAUAGACGAAUUAAAAGACCAGAAAUUUGAUAUUGCUGUUAUAGACUACGCACCUGUUCUUUUUGUUUCUUUUGGCAGUAUUUUCAAAACAUUUCCGAAUAAUACCUUCGGGAAAAUGAUUGAAGCUUUUAAACAAAUAUCUGAUCUUAACUUUGUGAUUCGACAAGGAGAUACAGAGGAGACAACAGACAAUAUUUUGAGACUUCCAUGGAUCCCGCAGAACGAUUUACUCGGUCAUCCCCGUACCGUUUUAUUUAUAACUCAUUGCGGUAGGAGUGGAAGUAUGGAGGCUAUCUACCACGGAAUCCCUGUUAUUACAUUUCCCUUAAGUAUUGACCAACCUUACAAUGCAGCUGUUAUGGAAGACAAAGGUUAUGGUAUCAAGAUGGAUUUACAUGAUUUUUCUACUGAGGAAUUAAUUGCCAAUAUUAAACAAGUAGCUUUUACCGAUAAUUAUAAGCAUGACCCCAUACCAGAUAAGAGCGUCAGUAAACAUCCACAGAUGCCUGAUAUUUAA